AAAUGAAACUAUAAUCGAUUUACUUCUUUAAUCUCAGACUUCCGCAACAUUAUGAGACAAAAUACCUAAUCGGAGCACUUUUCAAAACAAUCAUUUUUCGAAUGUUAAAAAAAAAUUAUUUCGAUGCUCUAUUUAUAGAAAAAUAUUCUAUGACGAACUGUUUUAACGCACACAAAUAGAGAACAAAUCCUUGCUUGAAACAGAGGCUAAUUAGUAAUGGCUUUCUGCUUUUAAUAGAACACUUUACAGGGCUCCCCUACGCGCAAAGUGUCUUAUUUUAAUCUUUAACUCAAUCGUUCAACUUUAAAAUAAUUUACCAUCAAUAGAUUUUAUUUUUGUGUUUUUUUUCGAAUUCCGCAUUCCGAUGACCUAUUUUGACUGGAGUAUUCUAAAAGAAAUUCUCUAUAAAUGCUCUUGUGUAGCAAACAAUAUGCUGCCAUUUUAAUAUUGAAGGAAAAAGAAUGAACAGGGAGAUAUUUUUUCAGAUAUUUUUACUCGUGUUAAUGUGGGGAUUAGCGCGAUCCAAAACAGCUAUUGCAUAUAAACUUCAAGCACAAGCUACAGAAUAUAAAUCAAGUUACGAUGCCUACGAGCAUCCACCACAUCCUUUCCAUUUCGGAUAUGACGUUCUUGAUGAAUAUGGAAAUAAACAACAACGACAAGAACAAGGAGAUCAACAUGGCAAUGUGAAAGGUAGCUAUGGAUAUACCGAUGCACAUGGCGUGUACAGACACGUAGAUUAUGUGGCUGAUCAUUCGGGAUUCAGAGCUGUCGUACAGUCCAAUGAACCUGGCCUUUCCAACGAUGAUCCAGCUGAUGUUAAACUUACAGCCAAGUCACCCCCAGCACAUAUACUGGAGCAGCAAAUUGGAAAAGUUGACAUCGGAUAUUCUGAACCAAAAUUGUACUUAAAAUCAGUCACUAAACCAGUAUACAGGGAAACAUAUUCAUCUGUAUAACAUGAUAUAGAAAUCAUUCAUCAUUAUCAUAUGUUGCAUAUAAAAUAAAUAAACUAGAUAUUAAAAAAA